AAGAACGCAAACUUGGUUACAAAAAUAUGACACGUAAGAAAGGCUUCAAAUACACGUGUCCAUCACCUUCGUCUCUACAUACUUGCACCGCUUCAUUUCUUGAGCUCUCUAAUUGAUCGAUCAACUGGUUCAAGAACCAAACACAUUACCUUUAAUUUUAAUUAUAUCAAGAAUCCGAAGAAGAAGAUGAGCAGUAACAUGGAAACAAAAACUUUUAUGGACGAGAUACGUGGUUUUGAAAAAAACUGGAUGUUUGAUCUUGGCCACCCUCUCCUCAACCGUAUUGCUGAGAGUUUUGUCAAAGCUGCUGGGAUUGGAGCAGCUCAAGCAGUGUCGCGGGAAGCUUAUUUUACUGCUGUUGAAAGCAGUGGCCUUGAUUCUUCAAGUGGUAUACCACCUGAGCUAUCUUCUGCUGGCUCUGCCAAGAAGCGCAGCCGGUUCCCUGAUCUUAGAGGAGAAACCAAUGGAAAAUCUCUGGAAGCCCUGGUGAAGAGCACAGGAAAAGAAUCCUUGCAAUGGGGACUGGCUGCAGGGGUACAUUCAGGUCUUACUUAUGGACUAAGAGAGGCUCGUGGAACGCACGACUGGAAAAACAGUGCAGUAGCUGGAGCAGUAACAGGCAUGACAUUGGCGCUUACGACAGACGGUGUUUCCCAUGAGCAAAUUGUGCAAUGUGCCAUUACCGGAGCUGCAAUUUCCACUGCUGCAAAUCUACUUGGUGGGAUAUUUUAAUUACGCCUCUGCAAAAUACGAACACUUGUUAGUUUUAAGUAGAUGACUUUGUUGGUCAUGCUCUUUCCCAGAAUGUUUUGUUUUGGGCAAGAUGUUUUAAUCAUAAUGGUUAUUGAAGAGCAUGAACAUUUUGGGUCUCGACUUCUGUAGAUGUUCUCCGAAUCGAAUAACAAUGCUUCAAUCUCUUCCA